AAGCGAGGACAUUUCCGGGUUAUUAAAAAUGCUAAACACCACAUUUUCUCCGUCAUUUGUUUCCCACACGAUUACCUGUUGUUGUAAAAACUCCUCCACCCAGUUUAUUGUGUAUUUUGUAGUGUCACUGUUGUGGUUUUUGUGGCUGUUAGCUUUUUGUUAGCCAGCUUGUUGUCGGCCAGCUUGUUGUUAGCCAGCUUGUUGUUAGCUAGCUUGUUAUUAUCCCUACGUCACUGUCUCAUCCUGCUCGUGAGGACUUGGGUCUAAAAACCCGGAUGUGGCCGAAGAUGAAACUUGAUGAAAUCUUAGAUGUUUCUGUUCCUGUCCGUGCUGAUCUUCUUCGGGCCAGUAGAGGGUGGCAGCUCACCAAUCACCUGCUACAAUGACAAUGGAGAAGCUGUGGACUGGUUCUAUCUGUACAAGCUGCCUAAACAACACAGGGAAAAAUCUCCCACGAGGGGGGAGCUGUAUUUACUGUUGGACAAAGGGAGUGAGGGGUGGACCGACGGGAAGGUGACAGUGAACGACACGACGGGAGCCUUGGGCCGGACGGUCGGACAGCUCUACUCACAGGGAAAGAACACAGAGAUAGCCUAUGUCCUCUACAACGACCAGACGCCAAAAAAGAACCUUGGUGGCAGAUGGGAAGACAACAGCGGGAACGAAGGGGGGCACACGAAAGGUGUUGUGCUGCUGGAUAAAAACCAGGGCUUCUGGUUGGUGCACAGUACCCCUCACUUCCCCCCUGUACGAAAGGCAGGAGAGUUCUACUACCCGGACAGCGGUGUGAACAACGGACAAAACUUCAUCUGCGUGACCUACCCGCUGGACCGCUUCCAGACCAUCGGCGAGCAGCUGCAGAUCAAUCAGCCUCUCGUGUACGACUGCGAUGUCCCAGAGUCCUUUGCGUCCCUGGUGCCUUCGCUGGCGUCCCUCUGUGGGAAGAAGCACGCCAAACCUGUGUCCAACCGCAGCGUGACUUUGACCUCCAAGGGUGGAGACAACUUCCUCAGCUUUGCCAAAGGAGCCUCUUUUAACAAUGACCUGUACCACUCCUGGGUGGCCCCGAGCCUCCAGUCAAACCUCCUGGUCCAGUUCUGGAUCCGCUCCAGGGGCGUCCUCCCCUCCGACUGCUCGCUGGGCUGGAAGGUCCUGGACAUCGAGCUCCUCAGCCCGGGGAAGAGGUUCACCUUCAAGGCCAGCCAGGACCACUCCAAGUGGGCCGUCAGCACCCAGGCGGCCGGGGAGGGCGUCGGGGGGGGCUGGGUGUGCGUUGGAGACAUCAACCGGGACGAGGCGGAGGAGAAGCGGGGGGGAGGCACGGUGUGUCUGCGGAACCCUGUGGUGUGGAAGGCUUACCGGACAGCAGCUCUACAGUGUGAGGAUUGCGGAGGAGCCAGCAUCCCGUGCCCUGCUGGAGACCUGGUGGGGUUUUCAGACGAAAGAGCCCAAAACAAGUUGUAGUUGGAAAACUGUUACUUCUGCAGCCUCUCAUUCAACAUUUCUUUCAUCAGUUUCUGUGAAAAAUUAAGGGUGCUCCUGGGAUUUACUUUUCAUAUUCGAGGACUAAUCAGUUACCACUAAGAAAACUAAAAACUUUGAUAUUCUAACGAUUAUUCAGUAAAACAAUACGAGCACCACAGACCCAUGUGGACAUCGUCAUCGAUUGGUUCCGUCCACAUCCUCUCUUCUAAAGUCAUUUUUAAAUUGUUGUUGCUGUUUCAAACGUUCCACAGUGUUCAGUUGUCUCUGUCCUGCUCUUAUUACAGACGUGUCUGAACUUCCCUCAGUCCCGCAAAUACGUUCAUCCCACGAUUAUGUGGGUUUAUGGAAAGUGCUGUUUGUUAAAGGCAACUGAAAACAAAUAUCUAAUGUUUAACGAUAUAGAUGAAAAGUACUGUUAUUAUCUUACCACACCUGAAUCAAGCCACACACAACACUGAUGAGAAAGUUUCUAGUCUAAGGUUGGAUUUCUAUUAUGUGUGUAAUCACACAUGUUGAUGGGAUUAUGAAUGAGGUUUUCUUAGUUCUGAAGCAGAAGCUGGAAUUUACAGUUUCAUUAUGUCUCUAAAACAUUAAAUAUUCAUGACAACAAGCAAAAUUAGAAAACAUUUUGGUCAUUUAUAAAGAGCCAAUUGUGCCAAAACAUCUUAGUUUGGACUGCAGGGCUGUCGAUUGGUAAAAAAUACAAGUGUGUGAGAUCCCAUCACUCACAGUAAGAAGCUGACUGAGAAAAUAAGAGCCUUUAAGUCACAAAAAACCUUUAACUUGUUCAGAAUGAUUUUAAUCUGUUGUAUAGAAUGCUGCUACACUGGAGGAGGAGGAGGAGGAACCAAUCAGAUGGGUUCUCUGGGAACUACGAUGUUCAUUUUGAAAAACACAAAGCCCUCAACGUGCGUCACAUUUACCAAGAACUGACAAAGAUGCAGCCUUGACACAGAGCUUUGGAAAUGAAAGCAUUCACUUCAAGAGUCUUUUCAGCCGCCAGCUAGUUUUAACUGAAACUGAAGAGAGAAUUUGCAAAGUGAACGAGUGCUGCUUCGUAAACUUGUUAAAAUCCACAUGAGCUGCUUUGUGGGUGUGUUCUCAGGGAAGCUUUGCUUGUUGAAACGUGGGAUAAAUUGCACUGAAAUGAUAUGUGGGGGAUGGUUUAAUACUUUGUGUUGAAUGAAUGUUUGUCUUUUUAACUCAGUGCUUUCUCGAUAUAAUCAGAAAUAUUUUGGUUUUGCUCCUAGUUCUCAUCCAUUCGUUCUGAUCUUGAAAUUUGCUUGAAGAUGAAGACGCUGGCUGUCUUGAAUCUAAAUAAAAAAAACAAAAGACUCAAA